AUGUGUUUUGUACAGGAUGAUUCUGAAAUUGUUGCAAUGAUCAAGGAAUUGUUGGAGACUCAUAUUCGGCCAGCUGUUAAAGAUGAUGGUGGAGACAUUGAAUAUCGAGGAUUUGAUCUGGAAGUUCUUAAUAGUUUGUUAUUUUGGGAUACUGGAAUAGUAAAACUUAAGAUGCAAGGAGCAUGUAGUGGGUGCCCAAGCUCUUCGGUGACUUUGAAAUUCAGCAUUGAAAAUAUGUUGAUGCAUUAUGUACCUGAGCUUCUGGAGAGUAAGAUACAGGAGGCGAGAUCAAAGAAGGAUACUCUGAAAGCAAGAGCUCAAUCUGCAAAGUUUGUCCAAACCAUUUUCUGA